AGCGCGUGAAAUUUGGCCGUGGGCGUUCCUGUAAUUUCCUAAAAAGCCAAAAUUUCUUGCGCAGAUAUAAAUGUUCAUGCCACAGAGAAAGCCAACAAUUCUUAAUGCAGAUGGAGCAACCACCAUACAAUGUGGAUGACCAGACCACCACCACCACCACCACCAUCUCCUCCCCCGAGUCCACCAUCCCGAAACCGGACUCCCAACCAGGCGGCUCUCGGCAUCCAGUCUACCGUGGCGUCCGGAAACGCCGGUGGGGCAAAUGGGUAUCAGAAAUUAGAGAACCACGCAAAAAGUCACGCAUUUGGCUAGGCUCAUUCCCCGUUCCCGAAAUGGCAGCCAAGGCUUAUGACGUCGCCGCUUAUUGCCUCAAAGGACAUAAAGCGCAGCUGAAUUUUCCCGACGAGGUGGGUGAUUUACCGCGGCCGAAGACCAGUACAGCCAGGGACAUUCAAGCGGCAGCAGCAAAGGCAGCACAUUCGGUAGUUCUAUCAUCGAAAAAAAGUAAAGCCACGGACGGUGAUGCUGACGACUUCUGGGGUGAAAUUGAGCUGCCAGAAUUAAUAAACAACAGAUGCCAUUCGAAUUCUUGCGUGUGGACGCCUUUCGGAUCAGGCGAGGCAUCUUGGCUCGACGGCGAGGCUCCGCCGCAUCAGCAGCAGCAACAACAGUUCUUAGCAUGUCUCUAACCUAUAUCGGUCCGCACGUCUUUGGUGUUGGAAUUUGUUUGUUAGUACUUAGUCCCUGUAAAAAUUAAUAUCUUUUUAUAUAUUAUUAGUAUGUUUGUGUAACACUUUAAUUUCUUCUGUUUCCUGAUGUGGAAAGUUAUAAUUAAUUGGCAUAUAUGGU